CCCGCUUCAGUACAACGCUCCGUAAAAAAGCGUUGAUUCUGUUGGAUUUGAUCUCUUUGCCUCGCCUCCAAACAGCACCGCACUCAACUGCAAAAGAAAGAAUCGAGUUUCGGAUCUAAGAAUGGGGAGAGGCAAGAUUGUAAUUAGGAGGAUCGAUAAUUCGACGAGCAGACAGGUGACUUUCUCGAAGCGAAGGAGUGGACUGCUGAAGAAGGCGAAAGAACUGGCGAUCCUUUGUGACGCCGAUGUUGGAGUCAUCAUCUUCUCCAGCACCAGCAAGCUUUAUGAAUACUCCAGCACCAGCAUGAAAACACUAAUAGAACGAUAUCACAAGACAAAAGAGGAGCACCAUCAGCUUGGGGUCUCGACUUCAGAAGUCAAGUACUGGCAAAGGGAAGCAGCAAUGUUACGGCAACAACUGCAGAGCUUACAAGAAAAUCAUCGGCAGAUGAUGGGUGAAGAGCUGACUGGUCUGAGUGUCAAAGAUCUACAGAAUCUAGAAAACCAACUGGAGAUAAGUCUCCGUGGUGUCCGUAUGAAGAAGGAUCAAAUCUUAAUGGAUGAGAUACAAGAACUAAACAGAAAGGGAAACCUAAUUCACCAAGGCAAUAUGGAACUUUAUAAGAAGGUAAACCUAAUUCGUCAAGAAAAUCUGGAAUUAUACCAAAAGGUCUAUGGAACAAAGGAUGCCAAGGGGGCAAGCAGUCUUACAAAUGGCCUGGGUGUGGGAGAGGAUGCAGUUAUACCUAUCAGCCUUCAACUCAGCCAACCACAACAACAAAACCUUGAGGCACCAGAAAAAGCAACAAAACUGGGGUACAGUUGCGACAAAAUGCAUAAAUGUUCAAUAAUGCGUACAAAUGAACUUUUCCAAAGUCAGUAUUCCAAUCUUGUUCUUUUGAUGGUUGCAGCAGACUACAACUACGCUAGCAAAAAGAGACCUUACACCAACCAGGAAGAUGUUACUCAUUUUGGAUCAAGAAAACGGUGUGAGGUUGCAAAUUAUCUUUCAAUCAACGAAUUCCGGUAGGGUAAUGGACUAUUCCAUAACCAACGAAACUAGCUUUGUCUCGUUUGUGGUGAUUAAUACAAGGGAAUUUAUGUGAAGAGAAGGCUAUGUGCAACAAAAAAUAAUUGAAAUUGCAUCAGCAAACAAACUUCAUUUUCCAGAAAUCUUAAGGUUUGCCACCUUCAUAAUAAUCAGCUAGGUUCAAAAGUUCAUGCUUAUUAUAGGACUGAUGUUGGAUAUUUUAUAAAAGAAAAGUACGGAGAUUCAUCAAAGGAAACAAGUAGAUUAAAAAGAAGAUGACUACCAAAAUUUCGCCCAACAGUAUAUGUUGUAUAUGUUACCCAAAAAAACCCCAACCCAAGAAUAUCAUCCCCCUUCGUUAAUUUCUUGUUGUCUUUUGCCUGUCGUUCUUUUUUCUUUCCUCUUCACUCUCUCUCGCCUCGCUUUAGCAGCUAUUGGGCCUACAACCCUUAUCCCUUCGUCAGUCAUUUUAGUCACUAUUUGCCUCCUCAUUUUUUGCCAGUUUGUGCCUUGUCAGAUUGUUUCAUUGGUUAUGAAUACGUUGGUUGCUCUUCUAUUAUGGGUUUGCUUCAUAGGUUAGCUAGUUUGCUUGCAACGGAUCGUAGUAGUUGCUGUAUUGAUAAGAGUUAAUAUUGCAUUUGGUUCACUGGAAUUUUUGAGAAAGCCAUGGAAUUUAAGUCAGUCAUUCCUCUCUCAUUCAUUCUCUCCCCUACAUUGGUUUGAGAAAGCCAUGGUUGAAAUGAUGUUCUGCACCAAGACUCGGAUUUUAUCCAAACACAAUAGAGAUGAGUUUGGUACUACCAAAAUUCAGAAACGUUGGUUUUCUUCAGGAGCAAUUAUUUAUUGUAUCAUAUGGCCAAUAUCAAGUAGAAGGAAGGUGAUUAGCAUUCCUUGUGAAUUCCUAAAGCGUGGUGGCUUUUUUUUCUUUUUUUUUUUUUGUAUGAUUUGUCAGAGAGAUUAUAUCAUUGAAUUCGAGAAGCUUGGCUGGAAGGAUACUCAGCCUUUGAAAUGUAGUACUAAUUCAUUUGGACAUUGUGAAUUCAUUCAACCCUUCUUUUUCCUCCCUCGGUUGCAGAUUUGUUUUGUCCAAAGCCCUCCGUUUCCAAGUCAUUUUUUUGGGUAAGGAAAGAUAAAGAAGUUGUUAAUUUAAAGUGUGGAAUUCUUUGCUGGUGGUUUCUCGAUUGAAUGUGCACGAUGUUCGGAAAGAUAUUCAGAAGGCCAUUGAAGUUCACUUCAAAACCAUUUUUUUUUAUUAAUCCUUUUAUGGAUGAUAAAGUUUUGCUUCAAUUGGAAGAUACAAAUUUUUUAGGUGAUCUUGGUCCAUUGGGUCAUUGGUGGCUGUUCUUUUUUGUUUUCAAACGUUGUCUUUGGUUUGGUUUUCAGUGUUGAGUUUGGUUCUUCAAACUCCCUCUUUGCUAUUUUCUUUUUUUUUUUUUCUUUUUGCUCAGCUCGCUUGGUGUUUCUUAUUGUAGAAGUUCCUUUCUAUAUCUUUUUCUUUUUUUAUUCUCUGUAGUGGUUCUUUUUGUAUUUCUCCGUAUUUUAUUUUUAACUUCCUUGUGGAGUUUGUAUCCUUGAGCAUUAGUCUCUUUUCAUUUAUUCAAUAAAAAGUUAUACAAUUGUAUAUGACAGUCAUCAUGGAAGCACGGAUAGUAUUUACCUCAUAUC